AUGAGAGGAUAUGAGCCCCGAAUAGUUCCAUGGAGGUCUCGAGAUGAACUCGAGGAACUUAAAAACUGGCUGUUUCCAAAUAAAAAUGCUGGUAAAGACAUGAGAUCGCGCGGUGUGCUCAAAAUCAAAAGUUGGGAAACAAAAGGUCCGUUCGUACCUCACACGAUUGAAGCUACUGGACAAUUACUAGAGGCUAUUUUGAUGGAUGAAGCGGAACAGGGGGCAGAAGGUGCAAAACGAUUGGCAUAUACCAUGGCGAUGGUGCGGUUCGUAAAUGGACUUCUUGACCCCACUCAACAAUCACAAUUCGCAAUUCCGCUGCACACAUUGGCCCAGCGAAUGGGGCUGCCAUCAUGGUUUGUUGAGCUAAGACACUGUGGUACGCAUGAGAGAGAGCUUCCUAGUUUAGAGAUGUUGCGAAUGGCCAGUCUUGAAGCAUUAGAGUGGCUCUGGACCAAUUACUGGAACGCAGACGAAAUGAAAGACAAUGGCGACACAGGGGAUGCUGAGGUUGCAGAGGACACUGAAGUGUUUGAGAUUACAGCUGUGAGUACUGUGAUAUCAGAAAUACCAGCUAUUGCAGAUCUUAUGAAUGCGGGAACACACAUUUGGAAGCAUCAGCGAGUGUCUUCAAGCUUUACUGGCGAGGAGCCUGCUUCCAAGAAAGCCAAGCACGUGGAAUCACCUGAGAAGCGGGUGGAAAGAUUUGUUGGUAACGCUAAAGAGGCGUGGAAGGCAACAAAAUCGCAGCCAGAUGUUUUUAUAGAGGAGUUCAUGCUACAAUACGAAAAGUUGCAUGCGCCAGUGUUGAAGCUCUUGGCAGAACGUAUACACCCAUUCGGGUACGAGCUGUGUCGAUGGACACUGGAAGCGUAUGGCAAGACGUUAAAGGAAGGCACGAGCGUGUUGAGAAGAAAGUUCGAUGCAACGCGACUUCAGAAAUUCCUGUCGGGAGUGUGCGACGCAGCGCUCGACCCUAACAGAAUCCUAACACAUGCCGCGCGCUGGACGGAGCUACUGCGAGAGAAUCCAAACUACGUGUCUCUGACGCUACUACAGAGCAUUACUUCUAACCUUGAGAAACUGGGUGACAAGACGCGCCGCCGGUUUACCAAUGAGGCAGGCGAACUUCGUGCAUUAGCCGAGCGUCUGGCCGCACGCACUAGUGCCAGCGAGCUGGAGUUAUACCAAAUUGCAGGAAAGCCACGUAGACGAGCUGCCGAGGAGAUCCACAAAUCGACCACCCCGGUACCGUCCACCGCCGCAGCAAUCUUAGAUGAUUUGGCGCAGCUCCGACAGCGACGGAGGCCGCGUCUGUGGCAGCCCGUACCUAAUUGGACGCCACGUCCGUUCGGUCAGGCGUAG